AAAAUAAUUAAUUGUUACGUAAAAAAAAUUUAUUUAAAUGAGCGAUAAGUGCGUUAAUAAAACGUUCCUUCUAUCAAUUCUGGUUUUGAAGUAUUCAUAUGUGUCCUCUUGUCAUAUGCUCACGCAUAUACGUUUAGAAUGAAGUAUAUGUGAGUUUUAUAGGCAAAAUUAAAGCAUAAAUAAAAAUGGAAGGGCACGAGGAAGAUGAAUUAGAAGAUUUACAUUCAACUGUUUACACAUUUCCACCAAAUGUACAGAAUGUGAUCGAACAGGUUUUACCUAGUACAGAUCCAUUGGACCAAUCAAACUUUAAUGUAGUGGAUUAUAUAAAUUCGUUGUUCCCAACGGAACAAUCUCUAUCGAAUAUAGACGAUGUAGUAAACAAUAUGGAAUUAAAAAUACGUAAUAUAGACAAGGAAAUUCGUUCGGUGGUACGUGGACAAACGAAUGUAGGUCAGGAUGGGAGGGCAGCGUUAGAGGAUGCACAGAAAGUAAUAAAACAAUUAUUCGUGCAUAUUAAAGAUAUUAAAGAUAAAGCAGAACAAUCCGAAGAGGUUGUUAAAGAAAUAACAAGAGAUAUUAAACAAUUGGAUUUUGCCAAGAGAAAUCUUACUGCGUCGAUAACAGCUUUAAAUCAUUUACACAUGCUUGUGGAAGGUGUAGAUACCUUAAAAGUAUUAACGCAAAAGAAACAGUAUGGUGAAAUUGUUUUACCAUUACAAGCUGUGAUGGAAGUGAUGCAACAUUUCAAUAGUUACAUGGAUAUACCUCAAGUGAAGCAACUAUCCGAUGAAGUACAUCAGAUACAUGUUGAACUGGCUCAACAAAUUACGGCAGAUUUUAAACAAGCAUUUUCUGGUCAAAAUCCGAAAUACUUUAAUCAACUAACCGAAGGUUGUUUGGUAUUAUCUGUAUUAGAUCCCAAAGUCAAGAAAGACCUACUCACCUGGUUUGUGGGUAUUCAGUUACAAGAAUAUGCACAUCUAUUCGAUGAAAAUCAAGAUUUUGCAUGGUUGGAUAAAAUAGACCGUCGUUAUAUGUGGAUAAAAAAGCAUUUACUUGAUUUUGAAUCAAAGUUUGGUACCAUUUUCCCACAAGACUGGGAAGUCUCUGAACGAAUUGCUGUGCAAUUUUGUCAUGUUACGAGAGAAGAUCUUACAAAGUUAAUGCAUAAAAGACGUUCUGAAAUAGAUGUAAAAUUGUUACUUUAUGCAAUUCAAAGAACUAGUAAUUUUGAAUCAUUGUUAACGAAAAGAUUUAGCGGCAUUACUUUAGAAAACGUGGAUACGACAAAUAAGAAAAAUACUACCGUAGAUACAACUGAUAAUAAAAUUCCGGGUAAUCCAUUCGAACAAAAUGAUCAGCAGAUACAAAAUGAAAAACUAAAACCAUCGCCAUUUUCAAAUCUCAUCGGAAGAUGUUUCGAGCCGUAUUUAAAUAUUUAUAUAGAGAGUUUAGAUCGUAAUCUGGCAGACCUAAUGGAUAAAUUUAUAUCAGAUUCUAAAACACAACCACCAGGUGCUAAAGAUUUUGAUGGUAUCGAGGGUCCUAGUAGCGUAUUAUCUUCUUGUGCAGAUCUGUUUAUAUUUUACAAAAAAUGUAUGUUACAAUGUACACAACUUAGUACUGGUUCAAUUAUGUUGAAUUUAGCUGAAACUUUUCAAAAAUAUUUGCGAGAAUAUGCUCUUAAAAUAUUGCAAAAUAAUUUACCCAAAAUUGGCGGUGGUGCAGGCAUUGCUACUAGUAUGAGUAGUAUACGUGAUUUUCGAGAUCUUUCAACUUCGGGUUUCAUACAAAAUUUUCAAAGUUUUCUAAAGGAAGGUGAAAGUACUAGAUUCAAUAAAGAAGAGCAAUCACGUAUAUGCUGUAUACUAACCACAGCCGAAUAUUGCUUAGAAACAACACAACAAUUGGAAGAAAAACUAAGAGAGAAAACAGAUAAAUGUUACUCAGAAAAAAUUAAUCUAUCUCAGGAACAAGAUAUUUUUCAUAAUGUUAUAUCAAAUUGUAUACAACUACUUGUUCAAGAUUUGGAAUCUGCAUGCGAAUCUGCAUUAACUGCAAUGACAAAGGUUCAAUGGAGUGCCAUUGAGGUUGUUGGUGAUCAAAGUAAUUAUGUUAAUACCAUUGUAGCACAUCUUCGACAAACAAUACCUACUAUCAGAGAUAAGUUGUCGUCAUGUAGAAAAUAUUUUACUCAACUAUGCGUGAAAUUUGCAAGUUCGUUUAUAGUAAAGUUAGUACAGCAAUUGUACAAGUGUAAACCUUUAAAUACUGUUGGUGCUGAACAAUUAUUAUUAGACGUACACAUGUUGAAAACUGCGUUGUUAGAUCUCCCGUCAACAGGAUAUCAAGUUCAAAGAAAAGCACCCGCCACGUACACUAAGGUUGUAGUGAAAGGCAUGGCAAGUGCCGAAAUGAUACUCAAAAUUGUGAUGUCACCUAUAGAAUCUCCAAAAGAUUUUGUAAAACAAUGUAGAAUACGUUUACCCGAUUUACAAGCGCCAGAAUUUCAAAAAAUUCUGGACAUGAAGGGUUUGAAAAAAACAGAACAAGUUCUAUUACUCGAACAGUUUAAGCAACCUGAAAAUAUAGAUAUUUCACAUGACACUAGGAAUUACAUUAUUCAAGAUAGUCCCGAACAUGAAGCUGGUCGAAUAAAAAGAUUGGAAAAGUUAAUUAAAAAGAGAAUAUGAAUGUUUCAUAGUAAAACUUCAAUUGUACAUAUUGAAAUUAAAUGUAUUUGUAAUUAUAAAGGUAUUUUAAAUAUUAAUAUUCCAUAA